ACAUUCAGACACUUUUUCCCUUUCUCUCACCCCCAACCCAACAAUUAUAUGAUUUCACGCAGAGAGAAAGAAACCAGAGAAAACUCCAAACCCGGAAGUACUCUGCUCGUUCAUGAAUGUAGAAAAUAUCAAAAUACUUAUUUUCUUUUUUUGUUGAAUUCCCAGAAAAAUAAAUAUUAAAAGAAACCAAAAUUCGCAUUUUUCAUUAACGUGUUUACGAAGCGCAGGUGGCGGCGAAAAUUUGGGUGUCGUGCUGCCACUCUUGCAUUUAGAAGUCGACGGUGGGUGAUGUCAUUGUCGGUUUCUUUCUGUAGAAGCAUUUGCAGCAGACCAUUGUAAUAUUUACUCAGAGAGAGAGCCGUACGGUUGCAACUGAGAAAGAAAAGGUUUGAUUGAGGAUUUUUCUUCUCAUAUAGACAUAUUUUGUUCUUGGAGGGCAAAGAUGGCCGAGGAUCUGUGGACCAUGUUUUGUGGGGGUUCUGAUUGUUCUAAGAGUGGUGGCGAUUCUUGCAGUUACAAUAAUGUGCUUUCUAGUGGAUGGCCCUCUUCGUGUAUCAAUCACCUGUUGAUCAUUUCCUCCAAUGUUCUGCUGUUACUGAUUCUCUUACUGAGCAUGAUUCGAAAUUCGUUGUCCAAAGCAACUCAAAGCCCAGCUCGAUUUCGAGGCUUUUCGACAUUGCAAGUCUUUUCUGCAAUUGUCAAUGGUUGCAUUGGAUUAGUAUACUUGGGUUCAGGCAUUUGGAUUCUAGAAGAGAAAUUGAGCAAAACCCACACAGCUUUACCUCUCCAUUGGUGGUUUCUCGUCUUGCUUCAGGGACUCACGUGGUUGUUAAUGGGUUUAUACUUGAGCAUUAGAGGCCAACAUCUUCCGAGAUCAUCAUUGCGUCUAUUGUCCAUACUUGUCUUCUUGUUUUCAGCAGUUGUCUGUGCUUUCGCUCUAUUUGAAGCCAUUUCACAAAAAGGAUUAUCGAUUAAGAUAGCUUUAGAUGUUCUGUCAUUUCCGGGUGCAAUUUUGUUACUGUUGUGUGCUUUUAAGGGAUACAAGUAUGAAGAAAGGGAUGGAAGAAUAACUGAUGGCGACCUUUAUACACCUUUGAAUGGCAAGGCCAAUGGCUCCGUUAAAACUGAUUUUACUGGCCAAGUUACUGCAUUUGCCAAAGCUGGAUUCUUCAACAAACUUUCAUUUUGGUGGUUGAAUCCAUUGAUGAAAAAGGGGAGAGUGAAGACAAUUGAGGAUGAAGAUAUACCCAAACUGCGCCAAGCCGAUUGUGCAGAAAGCUGUUACCUGGUGUUCUUGGAGCAAUUGAACAAGAAAAAACAAGCAGAACCAUCAUCUCAACCAUCAAUCUUGAUGACAAUAGUUCUAUGCAACUUGAGAGAGAUUUUACUAUCCGGGUUCUUUGCUUUACUGAAGAUAAUUACCCUUUCAGCCGGCCCUUUGCUUCUUAAUGCAUUCAUUUUGGUUGCUGAGGGAAAAGCAAGUUUCAAGUAUGAAGGGUAUGUAUUGGCCAUAGCACUUUUCUUUGCAAAGAGCUUAGAAUCUUUGUCACAAAGGCAAUGGUACUUCCGAAGCAGAAUUGUUGGUUUGAAAGUGAGAUCUCUGCUUACUGCCGUUAUCUAUAAGAAGCAACUGAGGUUAUCUAAUGCUGGUAGGUUGACACACUCAGCUGGUGAGAUAAUGAACUAUGUUACAGUUGAUGCUUACAGAAUUGGAGAGUUCCCCUUCUGGUUUCACCAAACAUGGACAACAAGCCUACAGCUAUGCAUAGCUCUAGCAAUUCUCUUCCGUGCCGUGGGGCUAGCUACGAUUGCAGCUUUCGUGGUUAUAGUUCUAACAGUUCUCUGUAACGCUCCACUUGCAAAAUUACAGCAUAAGUUUCAGUCUAAGCUCAUGGUGGCACAGGAUGAGAGAUUGAAGGCUUGUUCCGAGGCUCUUGUGAACAUGAAAGUCUUGAAAUUAUAUGCUUGGGAAACCCACUUCAAGAGUGUCAUAGAAAACCUAAGAAACGUGGAGUACAAAUGGUUAUCAGCAGUACAAUUGAGAAAAGCAUAUAAUACCUUUCUCUUUUGGUCGUCACCUGUUUUGGUCUCUACUGCUACCUUCGGGGCAUGCUAUUUCCUUAAAAUUCCUCUGCAUGCAAAUAAUGUUUUCACUUUUGUGGCAACUUUGCGCCUCGUUCAAGAUCCAGUCAGAUCUAUUCCUGAUGUGAUCGGGGUGGUUAUUCAAGCAAAGGUUGCAUUUACUCGCAUUUUAAAGUUUCUUGAGGCGCCAGAGCUGCAGGGUGCAAACAUUCGUAAAAAGCACAGUGCAGAGGGUAUGAAACAUGCCAUAUAUGUUAAGUCGGCCAAUUUUUCAUGGGAAGAUAAUUCAUCAAAACCCACACUCAGAAAUAUAAAUUUAGAGGUUAGACCAGGUGAAAAAGUGGCUGUAUGUGGAGAAGUUGGCUCAGGGAAAUCAAGCCUUCUGGCUGCAAUACUAGGAGAAGUUUCAAAUGUCCAGGGGAUUAUUGAUGUUUAUGGGAAGACGGCCUAUGUUUCUCAAAUGGCUUGGAUCCAGACAGGAACGAUUCGGGAAAACAUUUUGUUUGGGUCUCCCAUGGAUCCACAGCGCUACAGAGAAACACUUGAGAGGUGUUCAUUGGUAAAGGACCUUGAAUUGCUUCCAUUUGGCGAUCUUACUGAAAUAGGUGAAAGAGGUGUUAAUCUGAGUGGUGGACAAAAGCAGCGUAUUCAGCUUGCUCGUGCUCUCUAUUGGGAUGCAGAUAUAUAUAUCUUGGAUGAUCCAUUUAGUGCUGUGGAUGCAGAGACUGCUACAAGCUUGUUUAAUGAGUAUGUUAUGGGAGCACUUUCAAGGAAGACAGUCUUGCUUGUGACCCAUCAAGUUGAUUUCCUGCCUGCAUUCGAUAAUAUUUUGUUGAUGUCAGAUGGGGAAAUCCUAAGGGCGGGUUCUUAUAAUCAGUUACUGGCCUUGAGCCAAGAAUUUGUGGACCUUGUCAAUGCACAUAAGGAGACUGCUGGAUCUGAAAGGCUUGCAGAUGUUUCCUCUCCCCCGAGACAUGGUACAUCAACUAAAGAGAUUAUAAAGACUUAUGUAGAGACACCGUUUAAGGUGUCUAAAGGAGAUCAGUUGAUCAAACAAGAAGAAAGAGAAGUAGGAGACACGGGUUUCAAGCCUUACAUUCAGUAUUUGAAUCAGAACAAAGGAUACUUAUUCUUUUCCAUGGCUGGUCUUGGCCACCUCAUCUUUGUGAUUGGGCAGAUAUCACAGAACUCUUGGAUGGCUGCUAAUGUCGAAAAUCCUAAUGUCAGCACAUUAAAAUUGAUAGUGGUCUACUUGGUGAUUGGGUUCAGCUCUACGCUAUUUUUGCUGUGUAGAUCUCUCUCCACGGUUGUUUUGGGUCUUCAGUCAUCAAAAUCUCUGUUUUCACAGCUAUUAAAUUCCCUUUUCCGUGCUCCUAUGUCUUUCUAUGACUCCACACCUCUGGGAAGGAUACUUAGUAGGGUCUCAGUGGAUCUGAGUAUUGUAGAUCUUGAUGUUCCAUUCAGCUUUAUCUUUGCUGUUGGGGCUACCACAAAUGCUUAUGCUAAUCUUGGAGUACUGGCUGUUGUGACAUGGCAAGUCCUGUUUGUAUCCAUACCAAUGGUUUAUCUCGCAAUUCGCUUACAGAGAUAUUACUUUGCGACUGCAAAAGAGUUGAUGCGGAUCAAUGGCACAACCAAGUCUUUGGUAGCAAAUCAUUUGGCUGAAUCUGUAGCCGGAGGCAUGACCAUAAGGGCUUUCGAGGAGGAAGAUAGAUUCUUUUCAAAGAAUCUUGACCUUAUUGACGUAAAUGGCAGUCCAUUCUUUCACAGCUUUGCAGCUAAUGAAUGGUUGAUCCAGCGGUUAGAAAUAUUCAGUGCAAUUGUUCUUGCCUCUGCAGCGUUAUGCAUGGUUUUGCUCCCUCCCGGGACUUUCAGCUCAGGAUUUAUCGGAAUGGCACUUUCUUAUGGUCUUUCACUCAACAUGUCUCUGGUUUUCUCGAUUCAAAACCAGUGCACUUUAGCUAACUACAUCAUCUCCGUCGAAAGGCUCAACCAAUACAUGCAUAUACAUAGUGAAGCCCCUGAAGUGAUAGAAGGAAGCCGUCCACCUCCUAAUUGGCCUGCAGUAGGCAAAGUGGAUAUCAGUGAUCUGCAGAUCAGAUACAGGCCUGAUGCACCAUUAGUACUUCGUGGGAUCAGUUGCACGUUUGAGGGAGGGCACAAGAUUGGAAUAGUUGGACGAACUGGCAGCGGGAAGACUACCCUUAUUGGUGCUUUAUUUCGUCUGGUAGAGCCUGCAGGAGGAAAGAUUGUUGUCGAUGGUAUUGACAUCUCCACCAUUGGCCUUCAUGAUCUGAGGUCACGUUUUGGAAUAAUUCCGCAGGAUCCAACUCUUUUCAAUGGAACAGUGAGAUACAAUUUAGAUCCCUUAUCUCAACAUACUGAUCUGGAGAUAUGGGAGGUCCUUGGAAAGUGUCAGCUUCGAGAGGCCGUUCAGGAGAAGCAAGAAGGUCUGGACUCAUUAGUUGUGGAAGACGGGUCCAACUGGAGCAUGGGGCAGCGACAAUUAUUCUGUUUGGGGCGUGCGCUGUUGAGGAGAAGUAGGAUAUUGGUCCUUGAUGAAGCAACUGCAUCAAUAGACAAUGCAACGGAUUUGAUUCUGCAGAAAACCAUUCGAAAAGAAUUUGCAGAUUGUACUGUAAUCACUGUGGCUCAUAGGAUACCAACUGUGAUGGAUUGCACUAUGGUACUUGCCAUUAGUGAUGGAAAACUAGUAGAGUACGACGAGCCAAUGAAGUUAAUGAAUAAGGAAGGUUCACUAUUCGGGCAGCUUGUCAAGGAAUACUGGUCUCAUUUGCACUCUGCAGAUUUACAUUAAGUCUAUAAAUGAUCUUUUUUCUCGAUGGCGAUUUCAUUUCUCUUGGCAGUUUGAGAUGUACAGUUUGUAGAAAUACUAUGACUAAGAGGAAAAGGUAGAGAUGCAUAAGGCUCCUACUCCAUUGCAAGUUUACAACACGCUCAUGAAGAUCGAAAACUACGAGCAUUGCUUGUCUACAAUGCGGAGAUGAUCCAGCUAGGAGAAAUCCUCAAUGGCGUGGGUUCGCUAGGAUAAAAAAAAAUCCCCUCACCUAUAUUAGGCAUUGUUUGGGAAGGGAAGGGAAAGGAGGCUACCCUGACUCGGGAAAUCAUGCUUCAGUGGGCUUUGAAUCAGCAGCUGCCAUUACGUUAGGAAGUUGUAUUGGUACUUCAGUGCUUAUUUCCAAAUCUUUAUCUGUAUGAUGAAACUAUGAUUAUGAGCAGCCACUAGUUAAUUGAUGCAAUUUGUUUUGCAUUAAGAUG